UGCCUUUUGGGCUACAUUUCCUAUAUCGUGGAAAAGGAUGAUAACGAACAGUUCGAUAAUAUCGCGGAGGCCAUGUGGUGGUCGGUGGUCACGUUGGCUACGGUGGGUUAUGGGGAUCGAGUACCGGUGACCUGGCUGGGCAAGCUCAUCGCCAGCGUGUUCACCGUACUAGGAGUGGCCUUAUUUGCCUUACCGGCCGGUAUUAUCGGCGCCGGACUGGCCCUUAAGGUCGAGGAGGAGGAGCGCAAUCGGCAACGGAAAAAGAAAAAGGCGGCCGCGGCUACCUUGAUACAAUGCGCGUGGAGGUGCUACAAGUCCAGCAUCAAAUACAACGAGACAUCCAGGUUCUUUGCCCACAAGCCUACGGAUAUCUACAAGUUUUACUACUUCGAGACGAUUGAGAAGAAGUUCAUUUGUUUGACGAAGUUUUUUAUCGCCAAACAGAGGUUUGUGGACCUAUUGAGGCCCCUGGAUAUCAAGAGUAUCAUCGAGAGCUAUAAGUAUGGGCAGCUGGACGUGAUGAGCAGGGUGGGACAUAUGCAGACUACUAUUGAUACGAUU